CACAUCUACAUCUUAAUUUUUCUAUAAAACGGUUUUCCAAAGUUGCAAAUGAAAAAUUCCCAUCAAUUAAUUUGAAAAAAAAAGGUAAAAAUAAUCAAGUUGAUUGCUUAAUUCUCUUAGCGAAAUCCUUCGCGAUAACAAAAUAAUUUGUUUGGCUUGCAAUUUGUCGGAUAAUAGAAAGAAAAAACCCCACUUUUUCAUGUCUCGUUGAGUGAAAAUUUAUUAUCUGGGUGUGCCCUCGUUUGGUUUUUCUGUGUGGAAAACCUUUCGUGAUAAAGUUAUUCUUUAUGAUAUAGCUUUUGAGUGGGUGAUAAUAGUUAUCAGUGAAUUUGAGCUAAUUGAUUGUGAAAAAUCAUGAAAGUGAAAAUUUUUUUCAAAUUUUUUCACAGUGAAAUGAAAAAAUCAAAUAUGGCGAGGAUUUGUGAUUAUGUAACCUGGUUAUCUAGUAGAGAAGAGGGAGAAAUGUAAACCAAAUCGAACACAUAAACAAAACACCAAAACUUAACCAAAAUGGUAACAGCCAACGUAGCCGAGCUCUAUGACUUCCAACAAGAUGAUGGACUACAAGAUUUGGGUCUUCCAGUUUCGGUGCAAACGUUUCUAUGGCGUCAAAUUGCACCAUUUAUACGUCCAAAACUUGGAAAACUUCAUGAAGCUAGUUGUAUGUUUUGUCAACAUGCACCCGGCCAUCACGAGUUAAAAGAAGCAUGCAAGUCGUUCGAAAAAGUUGUGGUCCAAAAUAUACAAUUUGGACUUUCACCACCUUUAACAAAAGCUCUAGCUGCUAUUCCUCGAUGGAGACUUUUACAAGCUGCACUGCCUCAUGUAAUGCAUUGUGUUGCAGCUUUGCUUCACAACCGGGUUAAAGACAUGCAAGCAAUUGGGGCAGUUGAAACAAAAUUACUCUACACAAUGCAAUGGAUACUUUUAUAUGCUUCCGAAGAGUGUGCUGAUGAGGAAGAAGAUCUUGAUCCAGUUUUGAAAAAGGAUAUGCCAAAAACUGAGAAUUAUUUGUUUUCUGUUCCAACUAUAACACUUUUUGUUUAUCUGUUUGCUCCAAUCAUUCAUCAUUUGAAAGAAUCUGAUUUUCAAAAUUUUCGCUUGGAGAAUGGCAUCAGAUUAUGGCAAGGAAUGUGGGAUAAUCGAGCUCCAGGAGCACCAUGUUUUUUAGCACCUGUGAAACCCAAAGCCAGAAAUUUACUAAGCCCCUCUUCGCCAAAAGGAUCAGCAGAUGUUUUCACUGCGCGUAAAUCUUCAUCAGCCGGAGAGACUGUGUUAUCACCAAAAGCAGACUCACCCAAAAGUAUAUCCUAUUCAGAUCAUUCCAAGCAUGAUGAAGAUGGUUCUUGGGUAUCAUCUCCCAAAGAUUUUGCAUUUCCUGAAACAAUACCAGAGGAAGCCUCCAGUAUUGAAGAGGAAAGAGUUGUUAUAUUUCGACUACCUACAGGACCAUAUCUAACUGAUCCAUCAUUUUAUACUGCCGAUGCAAGUCUCCUACAACAAUCACAAAGUCGUCGAGGUAGUCGUCAAUCAAUGCUUUCAAAAGACAAGCAACCAACACGUUUCGAUUUCGAGCAACAUGAACUUAUUCGUGGAGCUUCUCAGAAAGAAACAAAAGCCAGUACAUCUACCGAAAAAGAAUCAGAAUCGGAAGAAAAGUUUGCUGAAGAAACAAAAGUUGAUGUAUCAGCUGCAACUUUUCUAGAUGUGGCAGUUUUGAGAUGUUUAUUUAUUUCACAUUGGCAAGAAGAGGGAGUUUAUUGGAGUUUACAGUAUUUGUACAAUAGACUUACCGAAAUAGCUGAAGAAGCAGCAAUUCCUACUCAUCAACCAAGAAAACGUUCGAAUUCCUUACCAAUUCCUCAAAUAGAGAUAUCACUUUAUCAAGGACCCGGAACUUACAGUCGAGAUAGUCCAAGUAAUAGUUCUCUGGCUAAAGACUAUAUUGAAAUACCUGAGUCAGGAACGCAAGGUCAAACUGGUAAGAGCAACCAAUAUUUUUGAAAAAAACACAAAUUCCCUUUAUCAAACUUUCUAGAUGACUCAAAUUCACCAAUAGAACGUCGAGGAAGUGAUAAGAAGAAACGUGUCAAAAUGGCUGAUCUAAGAGCAUUUGUCGAAACGAAAAUGUUCUCAAAGUCUGAAAAGAAUUUGGAAAAAGUAGGAAUUGAAACUAAUACAAAUGGCAAGAGGCCACUGCAGCAUGUAGAUUAUCAUCGAAGUUUGGAUACUGGAGAAAAAAAAUUAUCACGUUCUGCAUCAAUGAUUACUCGUGAACCAAGUAGUAAUUUAAUUAAAGGCAAGAGCAUGCCAAGUCUUAGCUGUCUUCUUGAUAGCGGGUAUUACAGGUAUGUGGAACCACAAAAAACCAUACGCCCAUCACAGUCCUCAGGACCAAGGACGACAUUUUUUGCACGAAAUCCAAUAAUAACUGUAACCGAACACACACCAACACCAUCGCCAGAUUAUCUUAAACGACAAGGUUCUAUUGAUUCACAACUUGAUGCCCUAAGUAAUGGAGGAAGUUUGAGUGGAGUCACAGGAUUUCGAGGUCACAUGCUGCGUUCACACACUGAUUCUCAUAUCGAUUAUACUGGAGUCGAUGAAUCGGAAGCACCAGGAUCUUCAUUUUACAUUACUCGAGAUGGUGGCAUUGAUUAUGAAAUAGUGCUUUUGGCUGUGUUUAAUGUCUUUAAGAGGGACUAUAAUAUUGUUUCAUUGCGGGUUCUUGAAGCUGGUUUGAAUAUAUGUGAGGUGCUACUGGAGUUGGGUGUAAUGAAACUUGGUGAACAUGCACAUGAAAUAUCAAUGGGAAUAGUUAAAAGAGCAUUACUGCAUCUUGGAUGUCCGCAUGGAUGUAAUGAUGGAAUCCGUGGACCCCCAGCCGACUUCCUUCGCAGCCAAUGCCAGAAAAUCCUCUCCCGAAUGAUGCGACAAGCAUCAAAACGCACAAAAACUUAUCUCCAAUCAAUGGUCAAAACUACUCAAAUCCAUGAGUUGGUAGAAUUCUUCCAUGCAUUUGUGGCAUUUUGUGUUGAUCCUAGUUCCUUGUUAUCCCCGCUGAAUCAUAAACGAUCGAGCGGAUUAAAAAAUCUUAACACCGAUCUUGGCGGUAUAUCAUCAUCAGGCGGGCAGGGUGGCUAUGCGACCAAUUUUAGUGGCGGACUUACCGGGGGACCUGAAUCUCAGGUUAUUACCGCUGUAUUCAAGCCAUUGGUAACACGUUUUGUUGAAGCUCAAAAGGAGCUAAAGUCCUCAGAGAAUACAGCCCUGUAUUGUGAUAUAAGACAGUUGAUAACCUAUGUCAAGGGUGCACAUGGUGGACCGUUUAGACGUGUGGCCUUAAGUGGAAUUUUAGCUGUUACACCAAGACCCAAUAAAAAGGGUCCUUUGGUACAGACUACAAGAGUUAUUCGACACAUUCCACAAGCUGAAUGUGCUCAACCAGCAGUUACGAUUCAAAUGGACGAUAAUCGAAGUCAGCGGAGGCUACUGUUAAAAAAACGAAGUACUUCGUCAGCCUGUGCCGUGAGCCUCCUGGAAACUGAAACGUGUGAUGAUCAUUACAAAUCUAGCCAAAGUCCAUUGAGUAAUAUUCGUCGACGUGGAACGACAAUUCGGCCAACUUUGACCCCAAGACAUUCGGAAAGGGCACUUUUGUCAGAUUCGACAUCAAGUUCGGAAAGAAACUCUUUGGGGAGGUUAAGUAAUUUGGUGAGAUGGUUCCGGGGAAAUUCAAAAGAACCAGCUUCGAUUGAUUUGGAAAUUGGGUCGCUAAACCCGGAAAUGACGGGAACUUUUAUUCGACAUGCAUCGUUAAAGAUUCAACGAGGUCGUUCAAGUGAUGGGAUAGGUAGAUCGCUUCAAAGAGCUCGGAGAAGAGUCGAACGGAGAUUGAAUAGAUUUGGGAUUGUUAAGGGAAAAAAGAAGAUUGGAGGGACUGAAGAGACAGCUGACCUUAGCAGACGAAGUUCAUCAGAUUUGUGCGAGGGUCCACGAGAGUCCGAAGUUGUGGUGCUAAAAGAAAGAAAACUUAUUCCUACCGAACCGAUACAAGAAGGCAUGUUAAGAUUUCAAUUUUUGUUGGAAACAUGUGCUCCAGGAUCAUUUCCGGAUCCACAAUUGGUUGCUGCUGUAUUGGACUUGCCUCAAGCACCAUUAAUAGCUAGAGCAGCUUUUCUCAUAGAAUGUGCACAUUUUGUACACUUGUGCAAUAAAGGAAUGUGGCCAAGUUGGAUGAAACAAAAUAUGUCAAAUUAUCGAGCUUCUGGAGCAAAUAUCAAUGCUAGACAACAAUUAACAACGGGUACAAGAAGGACGCAUAUUUUACAAAGAGCAGCUGGGAAAAUGUUUCAUCAGUGGGCUGAAAUGUUAGGAGCUAGAUUAGAAGAACUCUUAUUUACCGAACGAAUGAAUUUUGAAUCAGCCAAUUCAUGCUUAAAUGAUCCCGAGAAACAACGUGAACUACUUCAACAGGAUGAAGAAGAAGAUUUCUUAGAUGAAUCCAGCGUUAAUCCUCACGGAAAUGACUGUCCACAUGCAUUAAAGUUAAUUGCUUGUGUACUUUUACACGAAAUUACCGCAUUUCUUCGAGAUACUUAUCAAACAUUACCUAAAGCAUCGAAACUUCUCCAUAAGGAUAAACCAGCUCCAUGGGAAAAAGUCUACAGGGAAGCAAAUCGCCGAUGGUCCAUGGCUCUAAGUUCAAUGGGACAUUCUCAAACUUCAGCUCAAAGUCUUCAAUCUAUUGCUGGUAACGAUGGUGGUGCUCCAACCGAAAGGAAAAUAUCAUUUGUACUUCAUGAACCGGAUAAUGAAUCAGAAAAUAGCAGUAAUACAACUUUGACUAUUCAGGGUGAAGAUGGCGCUCUUCGUCGUCCUGUUGCUGCAGUUCGACCAUUCCUCCUACGACGAGGAACUGCUGGAGCUGCAACUGGUGGAUCUUUUAAACGACGAUCUCUCAAACUUCGUCGAGGCACGAAAGACGGCAAAGAUCUUGAAGCAGACUAUUCCAUCCAGUCGAGAAGAAAGGUAUCUUCUCUAUCGGAUAGAAGUGAUACUUCGGAACCGGGAAUUAUAAGUGGCGGCGAAGAGUCGCCUGGAAUCUUGAGUGAUGAUCAACAACCAGAAUCUCCCACCGAUUCAAAUGAAGCCGAUGACACCGCUAAAAAUAUGCCAUGGAUGAAGGCUGUUAUUGAAGUUAUGAAUAGUUACAAUUAUUAUUGCACUCACAAGGGAUUUUGUCAUCCAUAUUGUUAUAAGAGACAUAUGAGAGCAUCUUCAAGGCUAAUAAAAGCUGUUAGGAAGGUUUAUGGCGAAGAAUUUGGGUUCACAUUUGACAUGGAACAUCAAACACAAGAAGGUUAUGCCACAGCUAAGCCACCCACCCGCCAAAGAUCGACUCGAAAGGUAUCUGAACAAAGCUCAACUCAAACUUCUCCAUCGAAAAGGAAGGAAAGCAUUUCAAAAAAGGAUAGAAUAAGUGACGAUCCCGACAUUGAAAUGGUAGAAAAACUUGCAAAAGCUCUAAACACUGAAAAAGAGAAACGUGACGAAAAAGAAAAGCCGCCAAUUUUGAAAUUCGUCAAAAAUCACAUUCGAGGAUUAUUCCAUUUUCCUAUGUCAACUUUGCUCAAAGGUGCAGUCAUUUUGACCGAAGAACUUGUUAUCGAAGCACUUCCAGCUGCAUGGGAAUUACUUCUCGAACAUAAUCAAGAAACAGCUGCAGUAGCUGCUUCACUAUUUCUCAUGGGCUCAGUUAAAGCUCAAAACUUCGCCUUCGAUAUAAUGCAGAGAUCACUCAAAAACAAAGAUCCAGAUGACAGGAUUGGUGCUAUUAUGAGAUUCCAUGUGCUUUGGAAGUGUCGCUUUCAAGUUUGGCCUCGCAUGGAAGAUGGAGCUCACGAUGUUACCUUUAAAGUGCCACCUGGUGGUAUUGAAUUCACACUGCCAUCACCAAAGAUUGGAAUUGAAAGUCUUCCGGUGGUUGAUCCACCAUGGAGUCCAACUCAACAAACAAAGGAUAUGGAUGUUACCUUAAACCAGGAUAGACAUCGCUCAUUAGUAACUGCAACAAAAAGUCGAAAGAUGCAACAGACCGAAGCUAUUCGAAAUGCCAUCCGCCAACAACACGAUAAACAACGAGCUGAACGGCACAGUUUUCUAAUCACCACUAUACCCAUCAAUCAGCAAGCUUCCCAUGAGCCUGGUUUGGACCAUACUCCCGGUGAAGAUCAUGCUGAAGGUGAAGAGGAACUUGAAGGCGCUCGGAUAGCUCCACAUUUGCAUGCAGCUCAUUCGCUAUUCCCAUCGGUUCUUUGUUCUUCCGUGAUGCAGAUUGUUGCUUGUUUAGACGAUGCAGCAAUCGGUUCAGAUGGCAAUUCAGUUUAUGAAGUUGCUUAUCAAGUCAUUUGGAUUUGUUUGGUUGAAGAAUCUGCCCUAUUUUUGAGAUACGUGUUGGAAAGAUUAACACGUGAACGUCAAGAUCAAAUGUUUAAGCUUUUGCGACACUUGAUUCGAUUUGUUCCUCGAUUGCCACAGCAGGCUGCAUUUGCUUUGUACAAUUCGAUUAUAGGGUAUAUUAUGUUUUAUGUUCGAUCAUCAAAUGAGCAUAAGCAAGAGUUGGUUGGAUCAGCACUAUCUGUACUUUGGAUGGUCGUUCAUAGCGUUCAUGGUAUUAUGUUUAAGGAUUUAAAACAAAUUUUACGUAAAGAACAAUGUGAUGCAUCGAUUUUGUUAACAGCUAAUGUUCCAGCAGCAAAGAAAAUUGUUGUUCAUGGUCCAUUUGAAGAUGAUGGAAAUAUACCUUCACAGUUUCCUGUUCAAGAAGAUACUUUAUUUAGUCAACUUUUAAAGGAAGCAUUAGAUUUUUAUCCAGUUGAUGAAAAGAGCUAUCAUCAUUAUGUAUUAGUGGAUUACAAGAGCAGCAAAAUUCUCAAUCCCAAUUGGUACAUUCGAGAUUUAUAUUUCUUCAAACGAUCACAAUAUCCUGAAGUCCGCUUAAUACCCAUGAAACCAGAAGAUUCCUUCUUAGCUCUACAAAAACAAGAAUUAAGUAAAAAAUUCGUUGAAAUUGGUAAAGUUCAUUUGACAUGGGCUAUUUUGAAAAAUGUUGACAUGGUCGUACAAAGAGUUGUAUUUCUACACGAAGAACUUAUGAAAUUACCAUCAUUUCCACGAAAAGCUUUAGAAGUUGAUUUGGAUUUACAUAAUGGUGGAGAAUAUGGAAAGGCCCUUCUUGGUUUAGACGUGCUACACAAAUUCAUGUGGGUACGAUUAAUUGCUCGAAUGUUCGAAGCAAUGGCUGGUAAUUUUGCCUAUUCAGCAGACAUUCAGCUAUUUUUGAAUGUUCUUUCGGGAGCAGCUAUUCUUCAUGCUGAAGAUUCUUGUAUCAUGCGUUAUGUUAUGGCAACCUAUAUCAAUGCUGCCUUCAAUUUCAAAAACAUCUUUUCUACAAAUGGUUAUUUCAUGAUCAUGCCAACAUUACUGCAAGUCUAUUCUCUCCAUCAAACCAAUAAACUAAUUACAACAACGAUAGAAUAUGCAGUCAAGCAGUUUUAUCUGCUCAAUCGAAAACCGUUUAUCUUACAAAUGUUUGGAUCUGUGUCAGCAAUUCUGGAUACUGACGAAGAAGGAGCUUAUGGUGAAGCUCACAAAGUACAAUCAAGCUGCCUUUUCAACCUUCUUCUCAGCUUAGAAGAUCCAUCACCAGAUCCAUUGAAUAUCGCGGAACUUGUCAAAGAACCGAAACCACUUAAAGCCAUCGAUUUUUGCUAUCAUGACGAAGAUGGAGAUGUAACCGUCCUGGAUUGUAUAACUCUCUGUGUGAUGGUAGUCUCUUAUUCAGCUGAAAGUACAAGAGGUUAUCAAAUGCUGAUAAUCUUGGAAGCAAUUCUGCCAUGCUACCUGCAACAAAUCCAAUCCCCCAGUUACAUUCCUUUGCAAGGAAAGUCCGAGCGGGAUAUCAUUCUUCAAUUAGCAGUUGCCAUUCGAACCAUGGUCCAUAACUGUGAAGGUCUAGCAAAAAGCUACAACGGACCCUACCGCAACAGUCCAGAACACAAAGGUUCCAGUCAACGUAAUUGCAACCGUGGACCACCCUGUUCCCCAGGCUUAGAAUUCGAAGAGGAAUCCCAUUCAAAAUAUUUGAGUGAUGCCAGAGCAAAGAAUCUCGCCGACUCUACCGAAGACUCUGAAAUGAUUCGCACCGAAUAUCGCCGCCCUAGAGAUGUUCUCCUCUCUGUUGUCGGUGAUUUCUUGAGCAAAGCUUCAACCCGUUUACAAGAACUUGCCAAAAAACUACCAAACGAUACAAAACCAACCGAAGUGUUGGAUGUUAAAUGUCACAUUCGAUUGGCAGAAAUUGCACAUUCUUUAUUAAAAGUAUCACCAUACGAUCCAGAGUCGAUGGCCUGUCGAGGUCUUCAACGUUACAUGCAGGCAAUUUUACCUCGUGCUGAAUGGUCAAGUGAUGCUUUACGCAACACAAUGGUAACAAUUCUCCGGCGAAUUGAUAAAGUUUUCCUAAAGAUAUCAAAGAAACCCUCGAUUAGACGCAAUACAGAUUGGGAGGCAGCUGCUGGUCUCCUUAAAGGUAUCCACGAGACUAUUGUUCGCCAUCCAUAUGUCCUACAUUGGCAACAUAUAAAAACAUUAAUCAGUACGGUACAAAAUUUAAUUGUCAAUGAACCUGGAUCAGCACCAGAUGGUGUAUCAAGUGCUGGGGCUGCACUUAUGUCUCAGAAUCCACCGGCGUUCUUUUGUUCCACUGUUGUGCGGCUAGUUGCCUUACAGGUAGUUAGCCCAGUUGACUUUUUCUCAUUAGUUCAGAUUUGCGGUGGAAGUGCUGAAUUUGCCACCCAAGAGAAGGCCGAGGGUUUUCUGAUGCAUUUGUUGAUGCCGCUUUGUUUGAAAGUCUGUUCGGGUCGAGGGGUAUCAGAUAUUGGCGAGUUGAAGCAAAGUGAUGUAUCAUUUUUGUUAACUGCUGUUUUGAAUGCUAUGAGUCCUCCUGCAGGUAGGACAGGCCAAGCAGUUGCACAAAUAAAUAGAACUGGUGGGGAUUUGCGUGCUGGCUCACUCACUUUUACUGGGAGUCGAGAUGCGAAAAGACCUGCUCGUAUAUCAGGAUCAUUGUAUCAAGCAGCAUUUUUAGCUUUGAGGAUAGUCUGCAUAUGUUUUGAGAAUCGUCUGGCGACGGAAUGGUCGCGAAUUGCAAGAGUUAUGAGAGAUUUGGGUAGAAGGAAUGAAGCAGCUCCAGAUCUUUGGAGCUUUUUGGAGUUCGUCGUUACUCAUCGGACACCGUUAUAUAUUGUUCUUAUGCCAUUUAUUCUCCAUAAGAUUGCUCAACCACCAAUUGGAGACCACGAACGUCAUAUGCAAUUCAUUAUUCGUGAACGCUUACGUGGCACCCCACCGCAAGGAGGUAUUAAAUCGAAGGGAGCUCUGUUGCUUGAAUUAGCUCGAGAACUUCGUGAUUUGCGUGAUGAACUGGAAGAGAAACGAUAUGGUUCCGUUUCAGAACAAACAAACUCAGAUCACACCAAACGUGAAGCCACAGCAGCAUCAUCGACCGCUCCAGAUGGUCACAAAUCCCAACAAAGACCAUCACUUAUUUCGAUUUUUACUGGAACAGCUGGUCAAGCAAGUCAUUCACAUGUUUCAGCUGUUCCAAUCGAUUCGAGGAGUGGUUCAGGGGUAAUUGGAACUCCAAGUGAUACCCUAUCACAGCAAACAUUGCACCCACCGAGAGAAUCUUUAUCAAGCGGAUCGACGGGGACAAAUCGUGAGCAUGUUACUAGUGAGAGUCAUAGUGGAGAGAAUGCUGGUUCAGCUCCAACAUUGGGUCAAACUCCUGCAGGUCAAUCGGGUAGUACAACGACAAUUGCAGGCAUUCCACCGAGUCUUGCAGCACAUUUGUCACACUCUCAGUCACUACAACAGGCUCCAUUUAAAGCUCAAGCUCCAAAACUUAGAUUUGUAACUUCAGUGGAAUUUAAACAUUCAUCUGGUGAAACAUCAACUACACCAUUAUCGCCAGAAAGUCCCGCCGAUGAUAGUUCGGGUGAACAUCAGAAAUCACGUCUGCAAAGGACAAAGAUUUCAAGUAGAAAAACGUUUCGUUUGAAACGAUCUCGUCAUGGCCACCAAGAGUCAACAACGACCCACCCUGGUCCAGCACAACCACAACCACCGGAUGACCGUCCAAAGCCACUUAGUGAAAUAUCAUGGGAUUCUGUUUCGCAGACAUCUUCAACAUCCGGCUAUAGAGAUAAUAAUAGUCUGCAGACUGGUUUACUUUCACCUGAUGGAUCAUUGGGCGGAAUGACUUUGGGACGAUCACCAUCGCAACAUUCUCUUUUGAUGCUUUUUGAAGCACAAGAUGAGGAUACGCUUAUAUAGGAUUAGUUUUUUUUUUUUGAUAAGUGACUGAAUGAAAAUUUGGAAUGAUUGAUUGGACAUAUUUAUGAAACAGGAAUAA